AUUUUUUGUUUUGUCCAUUGUUGUAGUGUAGCGUUGUUCUUCAAAAAACCCUAUUAGCAUAGCCCUAGUUGAAUAUUGAAUGAAUAGUGUUUAUGGUGGUCGUACUGGUUACCAUAGUUGUGUCAUGGCUGCUGUUCCACCAAAGGUAUUCACCCUUGUGUUAAUUCGUGAUUUGGUAAAACAACGUAUACUACUGGGCAUGAAAAAACGAGGGUUUGGAGAAGGUAGAUGGAAUGGGUUUGGUGGUAAAGUACAUAUCGGCGAAACUAUUCGUGAUGGUGCAAAAAGGGAAGUACUUGAAGAGAGCUGUUUAAAGUUGGACAAGAUCACGCAAGUAGGUCGCAUUGAUUUUGAGUUUGUUGGCGACCCACAAAUACUUAAUGUUCAUGUUUUUCAAGCUACCGAAUACCAGGGAGAACCAGGUGAAACAGAAGAAAUGCGCCCUCAGUGGUUUGGAGACAAUGAGAUUCCAUUCAGCAGCAUGUGGCCAGAUGAUGUGAUGUGGUAUCCAUUGCUACUAGAAAGUAAACAAUUUUAUGGUUAUUUCAAGUUCAAAGGGCUUGAUGACAUUCUAGAGCAUACAUUAAAAGAAGUGGAACACUUUGAUGAUGUGGAUCACAUAGUAAAAGACUGCAGCGGCUGAUUAAACUUAUUUAAUUAGCGCCCUCAUACUUUAAGGUCGUAAUAGGUGUUUUGUUUUGAUCUGUGGAGUUCUGAUCAAGGACCUAUGGUGCAAAAAUUGAGGGAGUAUUUCUUUAAUAAUUGUGUGCUCAAGAAUGCUAAGUUUUAAACAUAUUAAUCACUUAAGAGGAUUUCAUUCUUAGUGAGCGAUUUUUUUUUUGGCUGCUUAUUGGGGUGGGUAGGGCUCCCUUUUACUAUGUCCCCUGAAUUACUGUAUACACUACAAAACACAUAGUAGUACCUUUCUUGUUUUUCUCUGUAUUUUCUGUCAAAGAUUUUAGAUAAUAAUAGUAAUAAAAAAAAUUAAAAAUUACCUACAGUUUUUAUGAGAAAGCAAUAAAGCUCUGUUGUAUCUUUGUAAUAAAUACUUUACCUACAACUUA